GCUCCAUUGGAUGUCAUGAAGUUUGCUGGCCACUUCUCGGCGAAGCUAAGGCAGCUGCGAAAUGGCUAAGUACCUUACCUAGGGAAGCCAUCAUCUGGGUGGUUUGGUUUCUGUCUCGUCUUCUUGUUCUUGUCUCGUUCUUUAGAUCUUUCCCCGUGGUCAGAGUCUCUACUAGGAGUAGUUAUACCGACCUAUAACGCUAUGCACUGAUCGUCUUCCCUCCCCCCUAUCCUCCCUUACCACGCUCUUGUCGCUAUGGUGGGAGAUUCUGACUUGAUCGCUCGCAUAUACCCCGAAGUUUCAUGCGUCCUUGCAUGGGAUACGAUCGAGAGUCAUCCACUCAAGGCACCUCCAAGGUUCAGACUGCCUCCGUCCGAGUCAACGCCGGGCCGUAACAGCCGGGAGUCGACGGCAUCUCUGGACGACGACCAAACCGCAGACAAGCUAGACAGCUUGCCUUGCAUCGAAUUGAGGUUCAGCAACCUUCCAAGAACCCCCCGAGGACUGGUGUUUGGCAAGGAUUCGGACAGCGAUGUCCUCUUGCCUUCACUGUCGGGUAUUAGCAGACACCAUUUCGCCCUUACCUACAAAAACACAUUCAGCGAUGGACUCUACCGCCUGAUUGUGCGAGACCUCGGGUCCAUGCAUGGAACUGCCGUCACGUAUGACAAGCAAGGUAAAGAGAAGCGAGUCAGAUUCGACUGGAUCAUCGCCGGCUUUGAGUUGCCCAAUAAGGCCGACGCCAUCACUGUGCAGCCCCUUCCAAUCCUCAGGUUUCGUAUCGUUGUCGCUGAUCAUGAUAUAACUUCGGCCGCGUAUAUCGCCAAGGUUGAGCGAUUCCUUCAUGGGUCGACAGGUGUUGGGAGCCUCUUUGGUAACCCCCUCCGCCGGAGUGGGCAGGAGACGGAUUGCAACACCGGAGAACUCACUCCUUCUGACGGUCCGAUCCUACUCCUACAGAAAGUGAUUGCUCAGGGUAGCUUUGGUACGGUUAGCCGGUAUUGGGACGUCAGCUCCGGGGAGGAAUAUGCCCGUAAAGAGCCUGUUGGAAGAGAAUAUGAUGAAAAGUUAUGGCAAGAAGAAAUUGACAUUAUGAGAAAAGUCCCCCCUCAUGAGAACAUUGUUCGCCUAUGUUUCUGGACCAAGGCACCGCGGCCGCUCCUAUAUUUGGAGUACAUGCCAUUCGGUAAUCUGGAAAAUGCCCAUAAAAGCAACCCCUUUUCACGGGCUGAAUGCCUGACCAUCUUGAGCCAGAGUCUGGCCGCCCUGGUUUACCUUCAUGGACAGCCCAAACCGAUUGCGCAUCGAGAUAUCAAACCGCAUAAUAUUCUGGUUAAGAAUCGCGAUGCCCACCACAACCCAGAACAUCUCCAUGUCAAGCUGUCCGACUUUGGCCUUUCCAAAGCCGGCACCUUGAGGACAUUCUGUGGCACCGACACUUAUCUUGCCCCCGAGAUUCAUAUGGAGAGGCCACGGCACAAGUACACGGAAGCGGUAGAUAUUUGGUCUCUGGGGGUUGUCAUCUUACGACUCACGUACGGCCUGCCUCGGCCUGGUCACGGCUCCGGGAUUGAGUGGUGCGAGAAAAUUGUGAAACGAGUCAAAAGUCUGAAGUCAGACGACCUGGUCGAUCUGCUGCAAAAGAUGCUCGUCAUUGACCCGACGGCACGAGAUUCAGCCGUAGCUUGUCUUCCUGAAUCUUUGCGGCUCUACGCGUCGUUUCGGGAUCGUUCCUUGAGCCCGACACAGGCGUCGUUCGCCGCUUCCUCCCAUACCCACGAAGACCGGAUAGGAGUUGUUGCUCACUCCUUAAGCAGCGACCCUGAAUGGGUUGGUCUCUCCCUGGAUAGCAACCGCUCAGGGGCCCUAUUCCGGAGCCAGGAGUUUCAUGAACGCGACGCAUCGCCUCCCAAUCCUCCACAACAGAGGAUGACGGAAAUCGCGCGGCCAUCCUCGCAGUUUCAACCACUUCAGGAUGUGAGUUUGCUCGGCUCCAGGUGGUUGCAAGAUCCAGGAUGUUUUGGGUCCUCUAUCGAUAGCAGGAAACGCAAACGUGAUCAUCUCUCGAAUGAAGCAGGAAGAAAGAGGAGGAGGAGUCAAAGAAAGGCGAAGCAAAGGAUCAAAAAGAAAGGAAAAAGGGAAAAGGGAGAUGAUACUAGCAGUUGAUCGACGAGUCAAACCUGCGAUCCGGAGAAGAACAAUAGGUUGCCCGGGCAACAGGCUGGGAAAGUCGUUUUUGAAUAAGAGGCCAAUGCCGACGAGUUUCAACUUGGAACCGCUACGCCACAAGAUGAAGCAAUCAAGUCACGGCUAUUCUGUUAAGUCUGUAUAUUAUCCUGCGGUUGUCUGCGGGGCUGGACCACAUCGCUACUGAGAUGAUGGCUACGUUCAGGGGCUUCAGGGCUAUCAACAGAAUAAUUG